UUCCCACUUCCUCCUCUUUCCAAAAGCCACAAUCAUGGCGGCCCCAAUCUCGAAGAAGAGGAAGUUCGUCGCAGACGGUGUCUUCAAGGCUGAAUUGAAUGAGUUCCUGACCAGAGAACUCGCCGAAGAUGGCUACAGUGGUGUCGAGGUCCGAGUCACACCGACCAGGACCGAGAUCAUCAUCUUGGCCACCAAGACCCAGAAUGUUCUGGGUGAGAAGGGUCGUCGUAUCAGGGAAUUGACCUCCGUUGUUCAGAAGAGGUUCAACUUCCCAGAAAGUACAGUUGAGUUGUAUGCAGAGAAGGUAGCAACGCGUGGUCUUUGUGCUAUUGCCCAGUGUGAAUCUCUCCGUUACAAACUUAUCGGAGGUCUGGCUGUCCGAAGGGCGUGUUAUGGUGUUCUCCGAUUCAUCAUGGAGAGCGGCGCCAAGGGCUGUGAGGUGGUCGUGUCUGGCAAGCUCCGUGGUCAGAGAGCCAAGUCGAUGAAGUUCGUCGAUGGUCUGAUGAUUCACAGUGGCGACCCAACGAACGAUUAUGUUGAUACUGCCGUCAGACACGUAUUGCUUAGACAAGGUGUCCUUGGCAUCAAGGUCAAAAUUAUGUUGCCGUGGGAUCCUACUGGCAAGCUCGGACCAAAGCGCCCUCUGCCCGAUCAUGUCAGCAUCGUGGAACCAAAGGAGGAAAAGGCACCGGCGCAGCCAUACAGUGAACAGAAGGGUCAGAAGCCAACAGAUACGCCCGCACCUCCAGUUGCUCCAGUAAAUUAAGUGUAAAAAAUGAAACUGUAAAAAAUAAAUAAUCUAAGAAAGA